GCACUGGUAGUUUCAAACCUGCACUCAGCUGCAGAGGUCUCUCAGGCACCAAGCAGCUUGGAUCCAGUGACAGGAGCUUCUCUGAUCCUCCUAAAGCACCAAGAACCAAUAUCGCCCAGAGCAUUAAAGGGGAGAAUCAUGACAGAGCCCCACAUCAGGCACAUCCAGCUUUUGGGCUUUGAGAAAAGAUUUAUACCCAGCCAACAUUAUGUCUACAUGUUUAUGGUCAAGUGGCAGGAUCUCACCGAAAAGCUUGUUUACAGGAAAUUCACUGAAAUCUAUGAGUUUCAUAAAUCCUUAAAAGAAAUGUUUCCUAUUGAAGCUGGGGACAUAAGUAAAGAACACAGGACUAUUCCUCACCUACCAGCUCCAAAGUGGUUUGAUGGCCUCAGGUCCACGGAGAACAGACAGGUCACGCUGUCAGAUUACUUUUCCUCUUUGCUGAGUCUGCCUCCUAAAAUCUCCCGCUGCCCUCAUGUUCUGAAUUUCUUCCAAGUCAGAUCUGAUGAUGUUAACCCAGUAGCCAACAACACCAAUGGUCGUAAGCCUGAGACGUUUUUGUUGAAGGUGGAUACUGCAAAAAAAAAUGUGUCAGAUAUAACAGGACCCAUUAUCCUGCAGUCAUACAGAGUAAUCGCUGACUAUGAAAAGAAUUCCAAGAGUGAGCUGGCAGCGAAAAAUGGAGAUGUGGUAGAGAUAGUAGAGAAGUCUGAAAAUGGCUGGUGGUUCUGUCAGCUAAGGAACAAGAGGGGAUGGAUGCCUGCUGCUUAUCUUGAACCUUUAGAUGGCCCAGAUGAGUCUGAAGAACAGGAUCCUAAUUAUGAAGGUGACCUGCACAUCACCACAAAAGACUAUUCAGGAGAACUAGAUGAUGAGCUGAGUCUCCAGGAAGGAGAGAAUGUUGAAGUCAUCCACAAGCUGCUGGAUGGUUGGUGGGUUGUCAGAAAAGGCAGCAUCACUGGAUAUUUCCCAGCUAUGUAUCUACAGAAAUCUGGGGAAACAGCUCCUGCCAAUGAGAAUCCGUCAAAAAGAAAAGGCUUGCCCCCAAGGAGAUCCACUAUAUCAAAUGCUAACAGUAUUCAUAAAAAAGAACGAAAGCAGAUCAGUCAGGACACCUACAGGAGAAACAGCAAGAAAUAUUUAAAGCAGCGGCAAUCCAUCGUUGACACUAAAAGCCCCAUUAUAACAGAAAAUAAAGAGGAAGAAAGCAAAUCUAAGCCCCAGCCUGCAAUCCCCCCAAGACCCAGCAAAGAGCUCAUCCUGGACCGUUGCUCAGAGAACACAAAGAGCAAGAUCAGAACAUUGAACUAAGUCACCCUAAAGUUAUGUGUUUUUUAUAUUUAUUAAUUUAUAACUUUAGAGAAGUGUCACACUGGAUUUCCUAGGGCCCGCCACAGAAUCUGGUACUCUGGGACCACUCUCACAGUAAUUAGUUGUAGAUAGUUUCAGAUGGUAUAGGUUUUUAUAUUGGUCCACAAAGGAAAUAAGGAUGGGCUUAUAGGAAUUGUGUUAGAGUUGGCCCACUUGGGUCUGGGCCAACCGGGAUAUGAGUUGGUUCUCUUGUAGGCCUGUCUGACCCUGCUGUAGAGAGUCUUAUAAUCCAAAGGUGAGUUAGGAUUAACAUACAAACCAAUAACAUUUCUAUGUCUAACAGAAGCAGUAUUUAAGGUAUGGUCUGAGGAAUCUGUAAAGGUUUCCCUGCAGCACCAGCAGGGCGCUUGGAUGUAAAAGAAAAUCUGCAUUUGUACUGAAUCUGGGUUUCUGUUCAGGAUAUGGCAGGUAGCAGAUCAUUGCCAAAUAACUUUAAAUAAUUUAUUACAUUUGUAUGUUUAUUUCUUGUUUUUUUUUACAAUGUUAUUCUAAGUCAUAAGGGAUUUUGGGGUCCCUUUUACUUUGUUGUGUAUAGAGAAGCCGUGCAUGUAUAUUAUGCUUGCUAUCUGUGUAUCUAGUAAGACCUUUCAGUGUAUUAUUUUGCAAAGACUUGUCAUAUCUGUAACAGCUGCAAAAAUAAAGUAGAAUGUUCAUCUUG